UUUACGUCACUUGGGUUUUCCACAUACUACGGCGGAGUGACGGGUUGUUCAGCGAGUUUCCAUCACUGCUUUGUAUUCAUCAUUAAUUGUAACGUUGAAUAAAACAUAAACAGUCACAAUGAUAGUGAACUAUUUAUAUUAUGAUAGUGUUUUGCACACUUCAUCAGGCAAACAUACUGCUACAGUUUCCCAUCAGCUGCCUGCUGGCAACCCUGGAGUUCCCACGAACAGAUACUUAAUUUCCCUGUUAUGACGCACAUCUUUUCCAGAUUUAAAGGAGUUUUCAGGCAAACUUCAGCAGUAUUGCUCUCACCGCUGCAGAGUGGGGACUUGACAGCUCCAGCAGAUAAGCAGCAAGCUGUCGCAGUGAAGCUAUUUCUAGUUCACAGUGGUAAUCACUUCACUUCCUCCUCGGAACCCCACAACACGCCGGAGUUAUAGGACAUUGUUAUCACCACACCAGCAGCAGCGGUACCACCAGCAGCAUCAAUCUCAGCUCUAGCCAGUGACAUUCUUGGUCGUCUGUGUGUCUUUUACGUUCAUCUGCGACGCCAUCAGCAUGCGUGCCCUUGUGCUGCUGGCGGCGGCCACCGCCUGUAUGGCGAUGCCGGGACCCCAGAGCUUCCCGGCGAGCCUCCCCGCUUCAAGGGAGUCAGACCAAACUACGCUCGGGAACAAGAUUCACGAGCUUGGCAUGGAUGUCUCACUGGGGCUGCAGAAAUCAGGCAAUGUGGUAGUAUCGCCCCUCAGUAUUAGCGCCCUCCUCUCCGUCCUCAUGAUGGGAUCCGCGGGCCGCACUCACCAGGAGCUUCGUCGUGGUCUCCACGUUGAAGACGCUCACUCUGAGAACGAUUUCCAUCACAGUUUUCAAAGGUUGAUGGAAGACAUCUCUAGCGACGGCCCCGAUGUUACUCUUAACAUAGCCAACGGCCUUUUCCUGCAGAGGGGCGCGGGUAUCAUAUACAACUUUACGCACAAAGCUCGCACCCACUACAACAGUGUAGUCAGCACGCUCGACUUCAACAACUCUUCUGUGGCGUCCACGAAAACCAUCAACAACUGGGUGAAUGAAUCCACAAGUGGUAUGAUCCCCAAUCUGUUGACGCAGCCACUCGAUCCUCUCACCACCUUUGUUGCCGUGAACACCGUCUUCUUCAACGGCAAGUGGGUCACACCCUUCGACCCCUUGAUGACCACGGACAUGGAGUUCGAUACUGGCGCAGGGAAAGUUCAGGUGCCCAUUAUGAGCGGCACUUUCGCCAUAAACUACAUCAACAUCCCUGAACUGAAGGCCCACAUGGCCGCCUUCCCCUACAAAGGUGGCCGGCAGGCCAUGUACAUCAUUCUGCCCAGAGGUCAGCCUAUAGGCAAUCUGGAGGCACUGGAGCAGGAGCUGUCCGCCGAGAAAAUCAACUCCCUCAUUGCCAAAAUGAGGCCACUGGAGAUGAGGGUGGGACUGCCUCGAAUGCGUCUUUCCUUUAAGUCAAGCCUGCGAGACACGCUCAAGAAACUGCACAUGGGGUCCAUGUUCAAUCCCGCCGCAGCGAACUUCUCCCGCCUGACGACGCUGCCUGUGUGGGUUGACGAUGUAGUGCACGAGACCGUCAUCGAAGUUACCGAGGAAGGCACCAAGGCCGCCGCCGCUACUGGUGCAUUAUCUUUUCGUAGUGGUAAUUCUAAUAUCUUUUUUGUCAAUCGACCAGCAAUUAUCUUCAUCCGGGACGAGGUGUCCGGCGUGCCGCUCUUCUGGGGUAAACUGGUGCGGCCUGAGCCACUCAGGACCUAGUGUCCACAGUAUCGCCAAGAACAACAUACUUCCUUGUACUAACAUUUCUAGCACUAUGCAUGAAGAGCCCACACCAACGCUUCCUGUGUAGCGCCCAUGCAUGAGAUGAAUGUGUGGGCUGGAGAUGACGGUGGGUCUGUCUGUUUGUCAAUUUGUAUCCGUAUUUGCGCUGCUCUGUCUGUAUGUGUGUGAAUGUUUCUGUCCUUGUAUUUCCGUAUACGUACGCUAUGUGUGAAUGGCGAUCUUGUUAUAUGCAUAUUUAUAUUUGCUAGUCUGUGUGUCGGCCACUCAAUGUUUUGUAUCAAUUGACUGUAAUAAAGCAAAAUAUUUAUUAAACAGUUGUGUGAGA